AUGGCUGUGGAUACUGUUGUCCUGACCGAGCGCGAAGUCCAGCGCUUGCAGCUCGGUGGUGCGGAGACUCUCGAGCUGGUCAACCAGGCGCAGGAGAGUGAUGCGGCGGACCGACUUUUGACCAUUCGCGCUGCCUUGACGAAGUACAAGAGUGCCGUCUUCUGGGCCAUGUUCCUUUCCACCAGUUUGGUCAUGGAGGGCUACGAUCUAGUCAUUAUAACCUCCUUCUACGGCCAAACUCAGUUCCAAGAACGAUUCGGAGUCUAUGACCCGGCCACUAAACACAACCUUAUUCCCGCUGCAUGGCAAUCCGGCUUGUCCAACUCCUCCGUCGUCGGGCAGCUUGCCGGUCUCAUCGUCAACAUGUAUGCGCAGGACCGCUUCGGUUGUCGGCCAACUAUGAUGUUCUUUAUGGCGUGGAUGAGCGUAAUGAUCUUCAUCCCCGUUUUCGCACCCUCCCUGCCGGUCCUAGCGUUUGGAGAAGCCAUGUGCGGUGUCUCCUGGGGCGUGUUCCAGACACUCUCUACUAGCUACGCCUCUGAGGUCGUUCCUACCGUUCUCAGACCCUAUGUUACGGCCUAUGUCUGUAUGUGCUGGGGUGCUGGUAUUCUCCUCUCUUCGGGAGUUGUCCGAGCUGUGGCCAGUCUCGAUGGAGAUAUCGGCUGGCGACUUCCCUUUGCGAUCCAAUGGGUCUGGCCUAUUCCGCUUCUGAUAGGUGCUUACCUUGCCCCCGAGUCCCCGUGGAACGCAGUCCGACGUGGCAAGAUGGAAAUGGCGAGAAAAUCUUUGAUACGGCUGCGUCAGGAUACCCCAACCAAGGAACGCGACGUGGACGCUACCCUGGCUUAUAUCCGAUACACCACCGAGCUGGAAAAGGCAGAGACUGAUGGAGCCUCCCUCUUGGAUUGCUUCAAGGGAGCGAACUUGCGCCGGACUGAAAUCAACUGUGUUGUCUGGGCCGCGCAGAUCCUCUGCGGUAACGCCAUUCUGGGUUACUCCGUUACCUUCCUCGAGGCCGCCGGCUUUACUUCAAUCCAGGCCUUUGACGUGAACAUCGCGCUCUCAGCAUGCUACAUCAUCGGCGGUGUCAUCUGUUGGCUGCUCUUCCCGCACUUCGGCCGAGCCACAAUCUACAUGACGGGUCUCACCUUCAUGUUCUUCUGUCUUAUUGCGAUUGGUGGUCUCGGAUGGGCGACUGGGACUCAAUCUCAGCUCGCCGUUGGCAUUUUGCUUGUCAUAUCUACUCUCGUCAACAUGAUUACCAUCGGCCCAGUCUGUUAUCCUAUCGUCGCUGAGACCCCGUCCGGACGCUUGCGUUACAAGACUAUUACCAUCGGCAGAUUUGUCUACAACCUCACUGGAAUCUUCCAAAACUCUGUUACCCCUCACAUGAUUUCAUCGACCUCUUGGAAUUGGGGCGCCAAGACAGCCCUUUUCUACGCCGGCACCAACCUCCUCUGCAACCUCUGGUGCUGGUUCCGACUUCCGGAAACCAAGGACCGCACCUUUGGUGAAAUCGAUCUACUCUUCGCUAAUAAUGUGCACGCGCGCAAGUUCAGGACCACCAGAGUCGAACAAUUCUCCCAGCAAAGUUAUAUUCCCAAGGAGGCGGAGGCCGGUGUGCAGUCCACUACUCAUGUGGAGGAGGCCAUGUAA